GUUCAGACCAUCAAGUUAGGUUGAGGCCGAGUCAACGACAUUCGGGUCUCACUGAUGUUUGGGAGGGGGGGAGGGUAAGCACCAAGAUGGAGUUCUUCAUUGGGAACCCUUUUAGUACUCCAGUAGGACAAUGUGUCGAACGAGCAACGGAUGGAUCCUUGCAGACAGAGGAUUGGGCUCUGAAUAUGGAAAUCUGUGACAUUAUUAAUGAGACUGAAGAAGGGCCAAAAGAUGCAAUAAAGGCUCUGAAGAAAAGGCUGAGUGGAAAUAAAAAUUAUAGGGAAGUGAUGCUUGCUUUAACGAUUUUGGAGACCUGUGUUAAGAACUGUGGUCAUCGUUUCCAUGUUCUCGUAGCUAGCCGGGACUUCAUUGAUGGCAUUUUGGUCAAAAUUGUCUUACCCAAGAAUAAUCCGCCAGCUAUUGUACAGGAUAAAGUGCUUGGACUGAUACAGGCUUGGGCAGAUGCUUUCAGAAGCAGUCCAGAUCUGACUGGCGUUGUUCAUAUUUAUGAAGAAUUGAAGAGAAAAGGGAUGGAAUUCCCUAUGGCAGAAUUGGAUGCACUAGCUCCAAUACACACACCUGGGAGAUGUGUUCCUGAGGUUGAUCCUGCAACGAACAAACCAAUACCUCCAUCCCUGCAAAAAAACAUUUCAACAAUGAGCUUUCCAUCAGCACCAAACACACUGACUGGUUAUUCAGUCCCUCAAAGCCUUUCAUCUAGCCCAAUCACUGUGAAUGUUGAGCAGCUUACCAGGUUGCGCAGUGAGCUGGAGGUUGUCCGUGGAAAUACAAAAGUGAUGUCUGAGAUGUUGACAGAAACAGUCUCUGGGGAGGAAAAUCAAUCCGAUUUGGAGUUGCUGCAGGAACUAAAUCGUACCUGCCGAGCAAUGCAACAAAGAGUUGUUGAACUUCUUUCCAACGUAACCAAUGAAGAAAUCACAGAGGAACUUUUGCAUGUCAAUGAUGAUCUUAAUAAUGUUUUCCUUCGGUAUGAAAGAUUUGAACGAUGCAGAACAGGAUGUGGAAUUCCAGACACAGAUGAUAGUGACAUGAAUGAGGUUACAGAUACGGAUAAUCUGAUAGAUUUGGGUCCAGGGUCCCCUGCGGUUGUCAGCCCCAUGGUCGGAAAUAUGGCUGCUCCCAGUCUGUCCACGCAGCUUGCGGGUCUAGACCUGGGUACAGAUAGUGUAAGUGGAACCUUGAGCUCUUUGCCCAAUUGCCAUCCGGACACUCAUGAUUCUGCUAAUUUUGAUAUGUUUGCACAAACCAGAAGCGGUUCCCUAACCGAUCAGCAUCAAAAUGUAAUAAACACAGACUCGCAGUCAGUUGGAGGAUUGGCAACUGCCCUUGACACUCGGGAAAAUAAUACAGAAGAGCUGAACGUUAGAGUUGACAAUCCAGCCAUCGAGCCUAUAGACAAGUGGCUCAUGACACAAGGACUGAUUCCUGUUUCACAGUCACUCAUGGAAGACGUUGAAGAAUGGCUCAGCACUGAUAUGAAGGGAGAUGAUGCGGAAGAAGGGGUUACAAAUGAAGAAUUUGACAAAUUUUUGGAAGAAAGAGCAAAAGCAGCAGAGAGACUCCCAAAUCUGUCAUCGUCUCCUUCAAGCAACUCUGCUCCUUCAGCAGUGCAAGCUGCAAGCAUGAAGAAGCCGGACCGAUCCAAGGAUGCCCUCUUUGCUCUGUAAAUAACUGUUUUUCUUGAGUGUACCACGUGUGUGGUUCAUCUGUUAUUUGGCAAGGUGCUGUGGUUAUGGUUCCUUGAAACACAGUUGGUGAUGCACUGAAUUACUUUGCGCAUUUCCUUCAAUGCUCCUCCCUCCCAAAACUGCCUUUGUUGCUGUGGUUGUUAGCUAAAAUCUGACAAAGUUUGUUUUCAAAUCACUAUAUUUGUAAAUGCUGCCACAGAAUUGAGUAUUAUUCAUAUAUACAGUUAGAUGUUUAAAUGUACCAUGACCCAAAUAGUUUGACCCCAAAGGACAUACUUCUGAUUAAACUGUAUCUUGCCAAAGGCUAUUUGUGGGAAAAGAAAUAGACCAUUUUGGCAUUACUGUGUGGUGUUUAUUUGUUCUUAAAGCACUAACAUUUUAACCAGUAUUUUUUGAAAAAAUAAUUUUUUAUCUCAGUAAACUAUUUCCUCUAACUAGAGUUCAAAACUGUUGGCUCAGAGCACCUUGUACUGAUUAACAGAUAUCAUAGAAGUUGUCAAUGUUAUAAGGGACAUUAGAAAAAAUCAGGUUUGUUCUAAUCUAUACCUUAGAGCAUUUAACUAAUUAUAUAAAUGUAUAACACUAAGUAAUGUAUUGUGGCUAGAACUGCACUAGAAAAUAUACCAUUAAAUGCUGAAGAAACUGUUGUUAAGAUACUGACUGUUGUGCAAGUAGCCACUUGUGCUUUGUAUGAUGCAGUGGUAAAUAGUAAUUUCUCAUAUGUAUGUGCGCUAGGGUCUCCUUUACUUUAAACCCUGGUGACAGCUUUGUGGGCAGUGCUAUUGGUUUUAUCUCAACAGAAUGUUUAUACCACCCAGUGUCAAUGUGAUAUUGCAGGAAACCUGGUGGCAAAUGUACAGUCUUUUGGAGGGGAUAACCAUUUUUACAGGAUGUUGGCACUGCAAAAUCAUCUGUUUCCUGAAGUCAGGUCUAUGUAAAUAUCCAUGCUUGCUUCAGAUUUGAAUGAUAAGUGAGGUCUAUAUAGAACUUAUAACAUUUGCAUUUUCGAUUUUAGAAGGUUAUUGAAAGAAAAAGGGAAGCUGCAUUGUUUUUGUAUAUCCCUUUUGCAGUGCCUCACAGUUACGUUCCAAAUUUCUCUUCACUGUUUCCCACAAGGUGCUCUCUUUUUUGCUUCUUUUAAAAGCUGGAAUGUCUGUGUAUUUAUUUGCAUUCAUCCCAUUGGUACCAGAAUCAAACCUAUGCACAAUUUUUUUCAAUUUAAAUUAUUUAACUAUUUUAGCAUACAUUUGUGCCUUCAAAGAAUUGGCCACAUAGUAACCAUCAUGGUAGUAAGUACAGUGAUGUUAGAGUAGUAGAACUCUAGUAGAACUACAGUCGUUUCAAAUGUGGCCACAGUAGAUUUACAUUUUCACAUUCUCUCAGAUUUAUCUUGCCUUUUUGAUCCACCUUUUUCACCAUGUACUGCGUUAAGAGUAGCUAAGAAAAGGGAUUGUGUAAUGCUGAAAACUUAGAUAUAUAUCAUUAUUAUCUUUUAUGAUCGAAGUAAAAAUUAACAAUAAAUCUUUUCCACAUGACCUAUUGAAAAUGUUAGAAAACACAGUAUUGCAUUUAAUUUUCUCGUUCCCAAACUUGGGGUUUGUUUCAGCAGAGAUGUUUUUGAACUGAAUAUAAAUAAUUGGUCGUUAUUUGUGGGAACAAGUUGAGCUCACUAAGUAAGAUAUUCACGAGUUAAUGUAACACUGGAAUGUUUGUUUUCCAGCUAUGUUGGUAGCAGUGACCUUCACUUUAAGAGGGACAGGUGCCUACAGCUAGAUCAUCUUAGUUCUCAGCUCAGAAAUCCACUUUCACUCCUCCCUUGUGACCCCCCUUAAAAUCAACCAUGUUAUUUCAUUUAAUGUCCUUUGACUUGGUGUUUGUUUGAGCAUCUUGGGGUAUUUUCCCACAUUAAAAUAUAUAAAUGCAAGUUAGUGAACAGUCUUAAUUACGAACAGUGCACUAACAGUAAAUUUAUUCUCAGAUAAAUCCAUUACAUUUUUAUUGUGUGUUCAUAUUGAAUAAGUCUUGGAACUAUUUUCAAUUCUAACUCUUGCCUGCACUUUCUCCAUAGAUCUUUUCCAGUUCUGUAGGAGAAUAUGGUUUGUGUAGUUAAAUAAUUCAUCACUGCAAUAUCUGUUAAAUACACACAGCCCUUGGUGGUGGUGGUGGUGGUUUCACAGAUACUUGAGAGAAACAUCCAGGUCCCCUGUUAGGCAAGGUGUGGUGAGUGGUGCAGGGACUUGAAAAGUAGUUGAUUCUUUGUUUCGCAUUUAUGUGUUUGUUCAGUUGCCCCAUCCGUAUCUGAAAAAUGAGCAGGCCAUAGCUUUAAUCACUACUAAUAUAAUAUGUUUGUGUUCACCAUGAUUUGAGCAUUUUUUGUGAAUAACCAGAUUUGUCAUGUGCUUCACAGGCUGUCAAACUGUGAGGAUCUUUAAAACUCAACUUUUUUUAAACAAAAUAACUUAUCUAUGUAGUGUCAUGAUCAAAGCAAGUUCAUUCCAGUGUGUUAUUUGGCAACAAUUGACCAGCUAAAGUUAUUAAGCAGAUGAUCAUAAAUUGGUCAAAACUGUGAAUGUAAAAGACAUCGGAUGAGAUGAGAUGAGAUGGAAGGGUUGGGAAAAAAGUUGUCAAAUUUAUUGCCUUGACAGCUGAUAAAUAUAUUCAACGAUGAAAAAGAGCCUGGAACGGGGGGAUCUGAAUGUGCUGGUAGUUGACAGAUGGAGAAGUGCACAGCCAUGGGGAGGUUGGAAGAUUGUAGAGAUUAGCGGGGACAAAUUAUCCAGAUCUUCCAAUUCUAGCCUCUCGCUCAUUAACAUUAAGUUGUUGUUACCUGGAGCAAUGUUCGGAUGACAUUGUUAGGACUUAACACUCAACAGUAGAUUUGAGGGAGAUAAAACCAGGGAAGUUCGCCAGGAUUGAAUAGCUAUGUCUGGAUGUAACACAAGUUUUCAAUUUUUAAUAUUAUGAAAAAUUAACUUUCCACAAAAAUUCUCAAAUAUUUGGUAAGAAGCAAUAACUUACUAAAACUUAAAAAACAGCAAAAACUAAAAACACUCAGCAACAAGUCAACCAUGAGCUUAGGAAAGAAAAGCUGAGUUUCACAAGGUCAUAUUCCUGAAACCUUUUCACCUUCUCCAGUUACCACUGGACUUAAUGAGUGCUUCUUUCCAGAUUUUUUCUUUGUUUCGACCACUUUAAAUUUCUCUGGCACUGCAAAAAUAUUUUGAACAGCAAAAAAGUUUGAGGUUUCUCUUUAGUCUGCACCCGCAUACACAAAAUAAUCCAUUUGUGUGAUAAAUCUGUGUUUAUCUUGCAUUUUUUACAUAAGAUUACAAUCCGAAGGAAGUUGAAACAUUGUGGCAUGAAAUUUCAUUGUGUUGGAAGAUUUUUAUCGUCUACAUGAUUGAAGUAUUUAUUUGAUUGCGAAAUACAAUUGGCACAAGUACAUGCAUGGUGCCCAUUGAUAAUUUUAUUUGCUUGCUUUUGCAUGCAUUAAUGCACCUCUGCCUCUGACUAUGCAGUAGUGACAACAAUGCAUGCAUGCAAUAGGUAUUUGACUUUACUGUGACAGCAGUACUGGCUGGAAAAUCAGUUCCUAAAGUUGGGAAAAGGUUUCACUCAAACAUUAUGAAGGAUAAACUGGAACUGCUGGGAGUGAGUUGUGGAGCACAACCAUGGAUUCUUUCUGUUAGUUCGUGCACAGAUAUUUCUGUAUUAUCGAGGCCAGCACUACUUUCAUGGGGGGGGGGGGGACUUUCAAUCAAUAUUAUCUUGACUGCUGCAGUCCUUGCUACACAUGGCAACACCAUGAUCAUGCUGAGAUGUAUGAUCAUGCAAUGGAACCCUAACACAGUACAAGGUCAAUCAAUUCAAGCCCUGCUUCCAGCUAAAGUACCUGUUGAAAGCCAUUUCAAUCUGGCCUCCUGCCAGAUACAAGAUCCUGCUUUGAAGCUGAAUCCUGAAAAUGGUUGCGGUUUGAAAUCCAAUGAAUCAUACAGUGAAAGCGUAUGAAAUGCAUAUCCAGCAUGAACACAAAAUCAUGUCUCUGCAUCUUCGGAUGAAACUGAUGGGUUGACAUCACAGUGUAAUUUUGAUUGAGUUUCAUGGUACAAAACUGGUUAUGGCCCUUAUUGCCAUGUAUUUUUGCAGUAAAUGGAGACACGAAGUGGGGCAUAUGAUUAAUUUUAUUCAUAUCUUUAUAAUGUGAAAAUAUUAAGAAGGUUGCAAAAUUGGUUGGCAGAGCUUUUUCCAACCGCUGAAUAGGCUUUCACGGUAGUUCUUUUUCUGUACAUUCUCAUAAGGUCUGAGUGUUGCUUUUUGGCAUGCUAUUUAUAUUUUAUGGGGCACGGGUAAUAUAUAGAAGAUAGAAAAGUACUGCACAGGAAUAGGCCCUUUGACCCACAAUAUCUGUGCUGAACAUGAUGCCAAGCUAAAUUAAUCUUGUCUGCCUGCAAAUGUUCCAUAUUCCUACAUUUCCUGCAUCUCCAUUUGCCUAUAUAAAAGCUUCUUCAGUGCCACUAUCUUAUCUGCCUCCACCACCACCUUGGCAGCAUGAUCCAUGCACCCACCACCCUCUGUGUGCGUGUGUGUUUAAAAAAACUUGUUUUGCACAUCUAUAAAUUUUGCCCUGUUCACCUUUAAGCAAUACAGUCUAGUAAUGUGACUGGUAAAAGGGAAGUCAUAAACUAAUAAAACAGCAGAAGUAACCUCAGUGGAGUUACCGUUUGAACCAUCAAGAUCUAUAAAAAUGGUCAUUUGAACAGUGGUGAUUGUGGCUCUACAACAUUCAUUAGAGAUGAGUGCUUGUGAAAUUAGUUUCCUAGUCCAUCUUUAAUGUAAAGUCUAUGUGAUUAAUUAAGCUAGUUUGGCUUGUAAUUGCCACAUUCUGCAAGUUAAGGUUUCAGUUGCACAUGCUACCCAGUAGUUUAAAGUAACAUUUAUCUGGUUCAGAUAUUUAUUGUAAAGCAUUAUUUAUAAGGGAAGAAAACUAGGGGGAAAAACAGCCUAGUAUAUCUGGACAGAGUGUAAUGCCUAUGUGGAAAAAUGUUGUUCAAAAGUGUAUAAAAGGUUAAUAGGAAUACUAAGAAGAAUAUUAAUGUACAGUUGGAUUUAUUGUAAAAAUAAAGUGGUUACAAAAUAAAUUCUUAAUGUCUACUUAUGAAAGGAUUCAUUUGUUAGUAGUGAGGUAUUAUUUGAUAACAUGCCAUUGUUGCUAAUAUAACAAAAAUAAGCGAUUUGCACAAAUAAUUAGUUGCAAUGAAUUUCAGAUAGUGUCUUGUUUCGUGGAAUAUUAUGAUGUAUAACGAUAAUAUAUGAAGCAGUAAAUUCCUUCUGAUCAACUGUCGUUGGGAACAUCAUUCUAAUCAUCUCAAAUGGUGUAGUAAUAAUUGAUGACCUCAAGUGAAUUGUAAACAUUACUACUUAGCCUCAACUAUUCCAAGUAAUGAUAUUCUGUAGUAACAAAAGUCUCCUGCUUUAUGAAUCGUUUCAUUUGAGCUUUUCAUGACUGUUGAAGUGUGCUUUCACCAAUUCUCCGAGUACUGAUGAGGUUUGAUAUAUAUAUAUAUAUUUUUUUUUAAAAUUUGGGUUGAUACCUUUUGUUGAUCGUUAAAUCUAUUAUAAAUUGUUACUCAAUGCUGAAAUACAUCGAUUACUGAUGCUUCAGAUAACUGGUACCAACCACAAAACAAUAUAUGCCAUGAGCAGAGAAUCCUGGGUACCAUUAUGAGGAUGGGAAUAUUGUUCACUUGCGUUUUGUGACCAACUUGGGUGGGAUGUGGAGGGGAAUUGUUUACACAUAAUCUUUCUUUUGAAUGCCUAUUUUUUAUUUAACAUGGGUUAACUCAACCAAAUACAUCCCUUUUGGUUGAGGGGUGAGUUGCAGGUGGGUAAUAAGUCAAGGGUGUAUAUGCAAUCAAUAUGCAAAAGAAUGACCACAUUUCAACUACUAUCCACUUAACCACCCUCAAAAGAAACACACAAAUUGUAAGGGAAGCAGGUAGAAAUCUUGGCUGGUGGUUUUGUUCUUUAAAACUGCAGUUAACUUUGCAAGACAUGGUUAAUGAAGCCUUGAUUUAAAUUGAACCAAUGGAAGUUAUAGAUAGUACUAAAUAGAUUCCAAGGAAGAACAUUUAGAUGUCCAAACCACACUUAUUUUCUGGGAUACCUGAUUAUAACAUGACAUUUUAGUCAAAGCUAAUAAAGUGCUGGUCAGUGCAAACUCCUUUUGUCAGGAUUUGUUAAAUAUUGUUACUUUAAAAAUCAAAUAUUCAUUAACAAAAGAACAUAUGUUAUAUGUUAUUUGAAAUGUUUCAGGAAGAGCAUAGAGGAUGCACGGCCACAAGUUACAGUAUGGAAUGUCUCCUGUCACCACCACCAUUCUCCCCCAUCCUCAAACACCACCUUCUGAGCUCUCUCUGAAAGUCCCUCUAACCCCAGUAUCGAAAAGUCGUCAUGGCAUUUUAACUUAUUUCACUGAUAGUAAUUUUGAUUUUAUGACAGCACAAUGUGUAUGCAGCUUUUAUUUUUUAGAAGUAAGUUGUACUGAUAAUUUCUGGUUUAACCAGCAGAUUGUAACACCUAAACUGUUUACAUUGAGAUCUUUCAUUUGAACAGGUUUAGUCAUAAGGUUUAGCUCCCCUUCUAUACUUACAUUUGAAGAAGCCCCCAACCUCACUUACAAUACAAUACAAUACGGUUUAUUUGUCUUAAACCCACAGGUGCAAUGUCUGUGGACAGCAGGAAAUAAUGCAGGGACUCCCUGGAUAAAAUCUCAAUGGUCAGAAUCCCUUACCGUUGGUGUGCAACCUCAGACUUGCGUUUCAAACCUAAUUUUGCCAGGCAAGUCUGGAGUAAUUAUUAUUUUUUAAUUAAUCAAAUUUAUUAGAUUCAAUACUUAACCUUUCCCAUUUAUUAAAUUUGAAAGAGCGAGAUGAAUUAACCAGAAUAAGUUUUCUGUGUGGGGUAAAGGGGAGGAUGUUUAAGACCAGAUUCCUGAUUAAUAUUGCUGCCUAAUGUUGAAUUGCUGUUGCAAGGAUAUGAUUUGCUAUUUACAUGGAUUUAGUAUGCAAUAGGUGUAGGUGUAGGCUAUUCGGCCCUUCGAGCCCAUAACUUACUCCGAAUAAUGGCGCUUAAUAGUGUGAUCUCUUCAAUUAUUUUCAUCUAACACUAAACUUAAUUAGCUGUAAGAGCUAAAUCCCUAUGUUUGUCAAUCCGAACAGGAAUGGUUUAAUAUUUAUUAACAGUUGCGUUUAGGUUCCACAUACAAAAAUCCCACGUUUGUGCCCAUAUCCUGGCAUUUCACUGACUUUGUGUUUAUGCAGAUGUUAAUUUCGUCAGCCAUAUGUAUAAGAAUGAUAUGAAUAUAUGGUUUGUACUGAACUGUCAAUAUUGCUUAAAUUUCUGAAGUGCAUGAUCCUUGCAUGUUAUUAUAAAUAAACACAACUGAUUGUGUG